AUGAUUUCAAAUAAUGAAACGCUGCUGCUGUCCUUGAAUGCCGAGAAUGAUGUUCAACAUGAUAAAAUUCUUUCCACUCGUUUGGGUCAUUCAGCAGUUUUUUACGAGAACCAGAUUUACUUUUUUGGAGGGAGUUGUUUCAAGACGAAGAACCAGCAACCAAGUUCAGCAUUGGUAUUUGUUAAUGAUUUGAUUCAAGUGGAUACCUAUAAUUCUACAGAAAUUGGAAAAGGAUGGAAAUAUAUUACAACCAAUCAGAUAAAUAUCAUGAUGGAUCAUCAGCAGCAAGGCUCUUCUGCUCUUCUUCCAAUCCCGAGAAAUUUUCAUAGUGCCGUUUGUUAUCAUCAUGAAAUGAUUAUAUUUGGAGGAAAAUCAAAUGGUUUUUUGAAUGAUGUUUGGAGUUUUGAUUUUACGGAGAGCAGAUGGAGAAAAUUACAAUGUAAAAAUUCAGAAAUCAUUUCUCCCCGAUAUGGACACACGAGUGUUGUGUAUGGAGAUUCCAUGUUUGUAUUUGGAGGUUAUGAUAAUACGGCUUCAACGAAUGCUGAACUGUUUGAAUUGAAUUUGAAAAAUUUGGAAUGGAGACGUGUGGCAUUGAAAAAUUUGUCAUCUUCCUCUUUGAACGGAAGAGUUUAUCAUGCCUCAGUAUUGGAUUGUGAGAAUGGAGAUUGGUAUAUCGUUGGAGGAAAGUUGUCACACAGAGAAUUGAUGAAGGAUUUCAUUAAGAUUAAAUUGUCAACUUUGUCAACAAACGACAGUUCAGAGGAACAGACCAAGUGUGAAGUCGAAUACGAAUUCAUUGAUUCCAAUCACGACAGUGUUUUAAGAUAUGGCCAUUCUUGCGUUCUAGAGAAAAUUGGAACCAAAAAGACACUAUACAUCAUUGGUGGAUGUAACAACUCAAAAGACUUCACUAAUUGUUAUAGUUUGCUGUUGAGUAGUGAUGAAUCCUCUGAUCUGCACGAGUUCCAUAGUUGGAAAUUAGAAACCAAGCAUAUACUGUCUAAAAUAUUUGAGGACCCCUCCAUGGAAAAAACUUCCAUCGAACCAUAUGCUGCAUUUCCAGUAUUUCACACCUGUACUCAGUAUGUGCAGGAUGAAAACAAUACUGGUAAUUUUUCGUAUUUUGUUUUUGGAGGAACAUUCCAAAAAUCAAAUGUAUCAUUGCCACAACAGAAUAGCACAGACCUCGUUCUUUCAUCUGCUGUCACUACAGCCUUCAAGCCACAAAUAGAAGAAGAUCAAGAAAUAGACUACAAAGAAUUUGACUUGCUUCUCAAUGACGAUAUUUACAAACACAUUCUUUCAUAUUUGGAUUAUUCAGAUUUGCUUCGUCUUCAACUCGUUUGCAAAUCCUUGCGAAUUUGUCAACUCACCGAAGAAGAUGAAUUUUGGGAAUGUCAUUACUUGAAAAAGAUUGGAGAACUUCAAAAAGCGACCGUAAAACAUCGUUAUGUACUUCCCGAUCCAAUGAUGGGAUAUAGUGGUUAUAAAUAUAUCGAACAACAUGAUCCACGAUUUAUGCACUUGUCUGAGGUAACAAGUGAUUACAAGAAACGACUCAUUGACAUUUUCAAAACAUUUCUUUCCAAUUCCGACAAGAAUUCCAAAAAUUUGACAAGUUUUAUUGAAACCAUUUCCAUGAACCCAUAUCAUAACAAACUCUAUACACGUGAGGAAAUUAUGGCCUAUCCCAACGAACUUGUGAGAAUUUCUAAAGAUUCCUCGAAAAUUGUAAUUGUUGGAGACGGUGCCACAGGAAAGACAUGCCUACUCAUGACACUGAUGAAUGGAGAGUUUCCAUCAGAUUACGUUCCUACCGUGUAUGAUUUUUAUGAACAUCCUUGUAAAUCAAUUCCUCACCUUUCCGUUGGAUUUUGGGAUACUGCAGGACCAGAAGAAUAUGAUCGAUUAAGACCACUCAGCUAUCCAAAUACGGAUGUUUUUUACCUGACAUUUAGCAUCAAUAGUUAUAGUUCAUUUAAGAACAUUCCUGAGAAAUGGAUUCCUGAACUUAGACGGUAUUGUUGUAAUGUUCCCAUCAUUUUGGUUGGAACAAAGACGGAUUUGAGGCAAGACCCGGUUUCCCGUAAAACUGCCCUUGUCCUUAGGGAAGAGAAACCCAUCACAUACGAGCAAGGAGAGUUAAUGUCUCGUCACACUGGUUGUAUUGCAUACAUUGAAGUGAGUGCCCUCAAAAAGGAAGGAAUUAAUGGCUUGGACGAACUUGCGUUGAAAAGUAUUUGUGUUUCAAAAAGUCAAUACAAACCACCAAAGAAAUGCUAUUUGCAAUGA